AUGACCAGCGGUACUCAAAAUAAGAAUACUGGUGCUAGUGGAUCUAAUGUUCCUGAUGGUGGUUGGGGAUGGAUUAUUGUUCUUUCGUCUUUUAUGAUACAUUUUAUAAUGGACGGAAUAACAUAUUCCAUGGGUGAUGUUUUUUUACGUCCAAUGAUGGAUAAUUUAAAUAAAACAAGAGGACCUGUUUCAACUAUAUUUGGGAUUUUACCAGCAAUAACACUUGCAACAGGACCAAUUGCAACAAUAUUUACAAAUACAUAUGGAUGCCGAAAAGUAACCAUAGUUGGAUCUUGUUUAGCUGCUUUUGGAUUCUUAAUCAGCUAUUUAUGGGCAAAUAUUUGGUUUUAUUAUCUUUCUAUUGGUAUUAUUGGAGGAAUUGGUUUUGGCUUAAUUUAUUUGCCUGCCAUUGUUUCAGUUGGAUUUUAUUUUGAACGUAAACGUUCAUUUGCAAUGGGUAUUGCUGUUUGUGGUUCAGGUUUGGGCACAUUAGCAUUUCCAGCUAUUAUGCCUUAUAUUAUUAGUGCGCCUUUAUGGUUUGAUUAUGAAGGAGCUCUUCUUCUUGAAGCAGCUAUAGUCUUUAUUUGUGUUAUUUUUGGAGCUUUUAUGAUUCCGUUGCCACAAGAACCAAGUGAAGUAAGACGUUUAGCACGUAAAGCACGAAGCGAAGCAAAACGACAAACACAAAAAGAAAUAACUCGAAUGAAUGAAAAUAAGGAACAACAAAAUAAAUUAAUUCAAAAUAAUGAAAAAGGUGAUAUUCCAUUAGAACAAUUAAAUGUUGAUGAUAUUGAUAUAAAUGAAGAAUCUCAAUUAGAUAAAAUCGUUUCAAAAGAAGAUGAUGAGGAAAUAGUUUUACCUCGAAAAGAUGCUGUUUAUCAAGGUAGCUUACAUAAUAUUCCAUUAUAUAAUGAAGAUCAGGAUGAAUAUCAUCGUCAAAUGUUGAACGUAAAUGAAAUAGAAACGAAAAAAUCAUUUUUUGGAAAAAUAGCUGAACAAAUUGAUCUUAAUUUAUUGAAAGAUUUUUCAUUUGCUUUAUUUGCAAUAUCAAAUUUUUUAACAAGUCUUGGCUUUAAUGUUCCAUAUAAUUUUGCAAAUGAUUUAGCUGGCGACGCAAACGUUGUGCAACAUAAAAGACAUUGGAUUAUAAUGUCAAUUGGAGUAUCGAAUUGUCUUGGCAGGGUUAUUAUUGGUUAUCUAGCUGAUCGAUCUUGGGUAAAUCGUUUAACGUUAUAUAAUACAACAUUAAUAAUCGCUGGUAUAUCAACAAUGUUUGCACCAUUUUGCAACUCAUCUGUUGCAACUCAUAUGAUUUAUGCAUCAUUAUUUGGAUUUUUUUCUGGUGGUUAUGUUGGUUUAACAUCGAUUAUUAUUGUUGAUUUGGUUGGUGUUGAUAAAUUAUCAGAUGCUUUUGGUGUUCUUUUAUUAUUUCAAGGUAUUGCCGUUGCAAUUGGGACACCUGUUGUUGGUUCAAUGCGUGAUAAUCUUUCAGACCUUGCUCGACCUUAUCUUUGGCCUUAUUUAAUAUUUGGUGGUUCCAUUUUGUUAAGUGGCUUGAUAUUAUUUGCCAUACCGAUAUUAAAAAGACGACAAGAACGUCAACAAAAAUUAACAAAGCAUCAAUUACAAAUGGGAGUUCUCUCCUUUUCUAAACAAGACUUAUCUGCACCUGAGCAACAACAACAAAUUUAA